UUGAUGGAAGUUCAUCUGCAAUUUAUACAUACAUAGCAACAAAAGUCAAUGGAAAAAGAAAGAUCAAAAAUUAUGAAAUCAUCUGGUAUGGUGGGAGAGAAGUUGCAGAGCUCAUGGUCUGAUAUUCCAGUGGAACUUGCAAGUUUGAUACUAUCUCAUAUGCCUUACAAAGAUCAUGUUGCUUUCCGUGCUACAUGUAAGUCAUGGAGUUCUGUCAUUGCUUUCCACGGACAACAUCGAUCACCCCUUCUCCUUCUCUUACAAGGAGAUCAAUAUCGCCUAUUCAAUCCCAUAUACAGCACUUACCGCAUGCCCAUCCAACAACCUCCAACCCUGAAAAUCUUAUGUUCCAAUUUUGGUUGGUUACUAAUGGGAGCAUCCUUAGCCUCUGAUCCAAGUAUUUUUUUCUACAAUCUUUUCACAAACGUGAGAAUUGAUCUUCCUAAUUUACCACCAAAUCUUUUACACAACACGAAAUUUAGUUUCUCCUCUUCACCAACAUCUUCAGAUUGUUUUGUUGUUGGAGUGACGGUCAUAUAUAUAUAUGCUCACGUUGGCGUGAUUAAGCUGGGAGAGAACGAUUGGACUGUUGUGGAUAAGAUUGACUUCACUACAUUUGUUAAGCCUUUUUUAAUGUCGGAAUGCAAUCCAGUUUUGCAUAAUGGGCAAUGCUUUUGCUUGGAUAUUGAUGGAAAGGUGGUAAUGUUUGAUCCCAAUGAUCCAAAAGCUACUUGGAGAAUUUGUGGAAAGUCAUUUUCGCGUAAGUCAAGAACUCGCCGAGCUUUCAUGGUUGAGAGUGAUGGAGAGUUGCUAGCGGUUGCAGUCAAUGGUGAAGAAGGACGGAUUUGCGUUUACAAACUUCAUUCCUCUAAAAUGGAAUGGAUAACUGUGUCAGAUUUGGGUAGUAAGAUAUUGUAUCUUAGUUAUAAUGGAUCAUGGGCAGAUACAACAAGUUUUAAAGGGAUGGGUAACAAGAUCUAUUUUCCAAAGUUUCAAGGCAACCGCUUGGUGUUCUACUCUCUUGAUACCAGAAAUUACCAUUCCUAUGGAGAUGAGUUUUGGAGCAAGAAUGCAUAUAAUUUAUCAGAAUCAGUGUAUUCCACAUGGAUUAAACCCAUGUUUUGAAUUAUUGUAUAGUUUUGAUUAUUAAAUAACUGUGAUUAUAUCAUUGAAAGUUACAUAAUCUAAUCUAUUUUCCACA